CUUAUUAUAGGCUUUUGACGUGGGUCAUCACGUGAUAAACGCUUGUUGUUCGUGUAAAAUUUUCGCGAUUCAGUCGUCUCUCUUAUUCCGAGCUAAUUAAGCGAACUAUCGCGAGCAAGCAUGGUGUACGAUGUUAAGCAUGUUGAACGAUGAUAGAAUUACUGCAUUAAUUUUGUUAGUGUGCGCCAUUACACGCGUACAUGAAAGUAUAGCUGAGUUAAAUGCUAACACCAAGGUUAAUGCCAAUAACAAGGAAAGUGAAAAAGUUAGGUACAACGAUUCUCUGGAACAUUGGAAGGGCAGAUGGAUGCCCAGUCGACCUGGUGAAUACACAGUGCCUCCCAAAGUCUUUCAUAAAAAGAGUAAAAUCGUAGAGUCAUCGCAAAAAGACGAAAAUGAGGAUAAUUCCUUGGAGCACUGGAAGGGCAGGUGGAUGCCCAGUCGACCUGGCGAGUACACAGCGCCUCCCAAAGUAUUUCAUAAAAAGAGUAAAAUCGUAGAAUCAUCGCGAAAUGAUGUAAACGAGGAAGAUUCCUUGGAGCAUUGGGAGGGCAGGUGGAUGCCCAGUCGACCUGGCGAGUACACGGCUCCUCCCAAGAUAUUUCACAAGAGCAAUGAAACAGAAUCAGUCGCGACUGGCAGCGGUAGCAGACGCGUCAACGCCGGAUUAAACGACACAUGCGACGAUGGACUGAACAAUGUAGAAGCUGAUUGGAACCGUGUAUCCAGGAGUCACGUGUGCUUCGGAAGAAAAAUCGUCCCCGAUCUCGGCAUAGUCGCAGAGUAUUAUUGCGAAACGAUUCCCAAAAAUUACAGAGUUAUGCAUCGGUGUAUGUCCGAGGCUAUCGACUACGUUGAAGACAUCCCGACAUUUGGAACCUCGAGACCCAUUUGGCCAGCUUACGGCGAAUACGAAUACCUGCCCGCACAGAGAUGGCUUCGCAGUCUGGAGCAGGGAGCUAUAGUCAUGUUGUAUCACCCCUGCGCCAACACACUCGAGGUGGAGCGUUUAAAGAGCCUGGUUAGAAGGUGCUUGAGAAGACACGUGAUAUCACCGAACGAUCAUCUCCACGAGGAGAGACCUUUAGCCUUACUUUCCUGGGGCUGCAAGCUGUCGAUGUCGUGGGUUGAUGAAAAUGCAGCCAAACGAUUCAUUCGCGAGAAUGCUUUACGCGGUCCCGAGGACCAUUUCGAGGAUGGAAACUACAUCCAUCAGUUGAUCGAGAAGGCCGGGCAAGUGUCCGGCGACGAAGACAGACAUCUGUGUCCGUAGACUACCAGAGCAAUUUUUCUACUGGUUUUCUUUUAAAUGGUACGGGGCUACGCUUAUGUCAUAUUAGCCAUGUGUCGAUACUCAUCAGCAUGUCAAAAUAUCCGGCUGCAUGCGCUGCCGAGUCUGCUCGAGCCUUGAAAAUCGCAAUGAACUCAGCUUAUUGACCGUAAGUUUCGCGUUUAAAAAUAAUAGCAAAAAAUAAAGAGACGUGCAAACUUUGAAUGUUUACGUAUGGCUUUAUAGCGAAUACUUACCACCGGUUCUGUUACUGUGUCGUGAACUUGCAAGAUGACAAUGCCGUCCAUUAUUAAACUGCACGCUUAAUUAAUCGAGACUACGGUAACACAAAUCCGUGCCGAUCAAAGGCAAACUAACGGUACAACUUUGAAAAUAAACUACGUGAACGCUCCUGUCGAUUCGAAUUACGAUUGUUUUAGAAAACCAAAUUUUAUCUGUCAAUGCGUAUUUUGGCUUCCUUUACGUAGUGACAUAAAGUUGUUAAUACACUAAGUAUCAAAACAAAUCCGGCAAAUAAUAAUAAGUAACGUGUGCUUUUUAACAUUUAACGUAAUACAUUAACAAUGCGACUGAAAGGUGAAAAGUGGUGGAGCGGUAAAAUCACAAGACGUCUAGUGGAAGAUGUUUUGUUUAAGUUUACUUCCAAUAUCUCGAAAUUUACAUUUUACAGCAGUAUCUUUAAAAUGGAUCGAGUACUUUUAGAUUAUUGAUUAACGCAACGAGCUUCACUAAGGGACUGCGAUGGGCUCUUUGAAUGUCCUUUUGACGAGUAACGGUUAAAGCGUCACCUUCACAUUCUCUCUUUCUCUCUCUCUCUCUCUCUCUCUCUCUCUCUCUCUCUCUCAUCGAAAGCCAUUUGACACGAUUGCACGACGAAAUUAUUUCGCUGUAGAUUCGAGUCCACGUUAUUGUCGUCUAUCGCGCUGCUAAAAUCUGCUCGUUCUUUCGUCCGCCAGCUGUGCGCGGAUUGCGACAACUGGAGGUGCCUCGUAUUUACAAUUGGCGACGAGAUAAGCCUCGGCUCGACGUGCGCGCACGCGGAAUACAAGCGAUACGAUUGACGCGACUGACUCGGGUUGUCCUUCUGACGGACGCGAGCCAUUGUUGCAGGGUUCAAGCGAUGAUUGCGAAAUGAUUCAGAAAUGCAAACGAAAACCGCAAGUUUGUACUUUAUGUUUCGCGAGAGAGAUAUUUUAAUGGGAUAGGCGUCGACGACAGUGAGGCCUGCUUUCUCCUCGAAAAAAAUGCUCGUACGAGCGAGAGUAAUUGCCUGUGAUUGCGCCCACUCUGCCGGAUAAAGAAGCCUUUUCACAGUCCCAAGAGCGAAGGUGUCUUUGAUAUUUUAGGUGCACUUGCAUUAAUAGUUCAGAUACCUAGUUCGUCUGUUAAUGCUAUUUUUUCACGCUUCUCCGUAUUAUCUUUGUUUUUCUCGUAGGUUCGAGUUGCUCACUAUUUUUUAUAUUAUAAUGGCAUACAAGCACACGCACGCACACACACACACGCGCACACACACACACACACAAACACACACACAUGAAUGUAUGUAUGUAUGUAUGUACGGAUGUAUGUAUGUAUGCUCGUAUACGUGGUUCAUGUGUGAACGUGUGUGUGUCUGUGUAUGUAACAUAGAGAUCUUUCAUUUGUCAUUAACAUGGUACAAAACUUCGAGGUUUUAAUAUUGGUAAUGAUAUAUUCAUAAAAUACUCAAUAUUCUAACAAGUUAAAUAAACUUUGUCUUUCUAAGAUAUAUUUAUUAAAAACUGUUAUAGCUUCGAUAAAUAUAAUACAACUUUGUAACACUUAUAGCAAUUUAAAAGCGUCUCUUUCAAUAAUAACGUUGUGUGUUGUUGAAUUCUCAUAAUUCAUAUAUAUAGCUAGGUAUAUCAUGAGUAUGCAUAUAUACCUACGCCGUCAUCGUAUAACGAGAAAACUCAAGACUAACUCGGUUACAGUGUAGAAAAAACUUGGAAAUCAUGAAAAAUAACUCAUCGGCGACGACUCGGUCGUUCGCCUUUACGCUCGAUCGAGAAACUACGAGACUGAGAGUGGCAUUUUAAAACACGUAAAUUGUUUUUGGGAAGAGUAGAUUCGAGGCCCGCGCGCCGACGCAUGCAGCGGAGCGUCUGCAAUUCAGAACGUAACAUCGAGUAAACGAGUACUUUGCAGUCGCGAAUACGCGACGCCCGGAAGAAAAAACUCGAGAGACAACAUUGAGAGAGAGAGAGAGAGAGAGAGAGAAAUAGAGCUUAAGUUUUGUUAUAUAGAAAAUUGAUAUAUUUAUAUACGUGUAACCGAGGAGCUUGAUCGUCUCUGCGAGCGAUAUGCAUGCCACAAUGUAAUGCUCGCGCGUCGGCGCUCCGCGAAAGCGCCGCAGCGUCGCGUCGCGCUCCACUCGAUCCGACCGUCGCUCUGCGCCGUCGUUCGCUCUCUUCGCGACCACUUGAUCGCAAUGUCCCACGCUCGCCGCGACGCUUCGGCGAUUGUCAUCGCGGAGUCUCGCGCAAGCUCUUAAAAUUAUUGCCAAUUUUGUACACUUCGCGUAUGUUUAUAUGUAUAGAUAUAAUGUCCCGUUUGCCCUCUGCUGGCUAUUCUCACCGUUGCGCUUCGAUGGAUCACUACUCUGCUGAAACUGAGGGAAUGUGUCGUCUCGAUUUCCUCUCUCCGGCGCGUCGCUUCACAUAUGCGAUAAUACACGUUAGUUGCCCGACGACAUUGCGAGAUAUUAAUAACAUUAGGCAGAAAACACCGUUGAUUUAUUUAUAGAUAUGAGUCAUCGUUAAAUACGGAAUUCUUAAUCGCGUUAUACUUGCUUGUCUCUUCCCUAUGAAAUAACUACGAUAAAAAGUAUUCAGAAGUUUGUUUGUUUGUUUGUUUUUACCUCUUUCUUGCGUUUUCUUACAUUACUCUCUUCUGCUUUUUCGCUCAUUCGCGCCACAACGACGUGCUGAUAUUGUUUCAUUGACCCUUUUUACUGCACGCACUUCGAGAUCCAAUCUCCCAAAAUUAUUUUAUUUCUUUAACAUUUAUAUAAUCCCGUUAAGUAUAAUCUCACUUUUUCACAUGAAAUUCACUCGCGUGAACCGUCAUUGUCAUUAUCAUUAUUAUUAUUAUUAUUAUUAUUAUUAUUAUUGUUAUCAUUAUUAUUAUUAUUAUUAUUAUUAUUAUUAUUAUUAUUAUUAUUAUUAUUAUUAUUAUUAUUAUUAUUAUUAUUAUUAUUAUUUGCAACGUUUUUCCUUUUUACUUAAAUUGCAUAGUUAAAGUUAAUUAAUCUCCGUCAUCUCAUCGACAAUGCGCCAUUAUUUUGCCGCGUUAUAUCGUAUCUAAACAUUUCAAAAUUAUGAUUUAGCUGAAAAUGGAAUUGACACUGAUAAGAUUAUUAAAGUAGCCUUUCUUACAAGUAAUUGUACCGAUGUGACACCGACCCAUGUACAUUUUCGACGGUUCAAUUUCAGCAAAUGGUUUUCAAUACAUUCCUCUAUUCGAUUGUUCAUCCCUCUAGCGCAACGAUCGCUCGAAGUUUUUCAAAAUUCUCUUGUGAAUUUCACAAGCUAUCUCAAAAAAUGUCGGGGCCAGUCGAGCUGGGAACGCGAUCAAUUCCACGGGAAUUCACCGAAAUACUCGCUACUCGUCUCGUCUAUCGUCGUCGAAAUCAUCGAAAGCGCCCCGAAAAGCUCACGCUGCAAAGGUAAACGCCAGUAGAAGAGCGCGUGGGGGGGGGGGUGACUCGAGUUGCAGCCACAGCAUCCCGGAAGACGAGUGGCGUCGAAGCGCUGAGAGUCGGAGAACGGGCAGAGAGAGAAAGAGAACGAGGCGCGCGAUCCGUCUGGCGCGCUCAUCGGCGAGCGACGCGUCGCGAAAUUGACUCGCGCUCGCGAGCGGCCGGUUCCGGGAGCGAGAGCGCGUCCGCGAGUCGCGCGUUAGGCCAAACUUCCGAUACACAAUCGGUUAUUGUGCUCCGUCAAUUGUAUAGUCGCGGCGUUGCAUCUCGAGGCUAGGUCGAUCGAGCGCGUCGAUUCCCGUGUGAACGUAACGAGGAGCCGUCGCAGACCGGGAAAUCGUCCAAAAGAAGCUCUGUCCGUCCCCGCGACUGGCGUCACGUGUUCUUUCUCUCUCUCGUCUUGUCUUGCUUCCGCAAUGGCGAACGAUCAGGUGUGACGCCCGCGCCGCCGGCUAUCGUGAUCGAUCGGACGACUGUAAUACUGCUGCGCGCGAGUGAUGCAAAGGUGGCCUCGCUCGUCCGCGACGCAGCUCGGCGCUGCCGGGCCAAAAGCCGUUUCGGCGUCGUCCACUGGAAAUCUUUACUGCCAGUCGGACGAUCCGAUUUCACGCGAAUACAUGCGAAAAUUCAAGCGCAUCCGCAGUUCCUUCAAGUUCUAAUUGGAUCUUUAUUUCGUGCUACUUGUUGGCUACUCGCGUCGGAGAACCAUCUAUACGCACACACGCACGUGUGCGCUGAAAGAGAUAGAGAAUCCUGCACUUUCACGCUUGCAGCCUUAAUUUCUGUUGGUCUUUACUCUCCGCUGGCAUCGUUCGUUUCAUUACAACUAGAAGAUUGCGCGGAGCAUUCCGCCGUGUUAUUCUAUAAUGUUGACUAGGGUUUGACGUUUGACAAGGCGAAUCCCUAACGAGUAAGUAGCAAUUGAUUCAAUCACAUUGAAAUGCACAGACUUGAAAAUUGGAAUUGAAAAUUCAGCGCUUCACAGCACUUUUAUUAAUAUCGCGUUGUCGAUAAAUUUAUGCGUGCGCGUGUUUUUUUUUUUCUGGUUUGCCAUCGUCGUCUCGACCGCUCCUUCGACGCGUUCGCCUGCGACAGGGAUCCGCACGGAUUGUCGAAAGCACGGAACUGGAGCUAUGAGUCGCGGCUGCACAAUAUCGUGCUUGUCCGCGAUUCCGAACAACGCGGUCCGCGCACGGUUAUGAGUCUUCCUCCGUGCUUUCGACAAUAGGCGCUCGGUAAGCUCUGCGAGAGCCGAGUCCGUCAUCUCGCCCUCGCUCGUACCUCUUAGACCUCUUAGAUGCAGUUUUAGUUAAUUUUAACGACAUACUUGUUUUUCUUUUUUCUUUUUCUUUUUUUUGGUUUAUUUUCACGACUCGUAUCGUAAAUUGGAAUAUAAUAGAUAUAGAUAUAUAUAUGUAUAAUGAUAGUAACGGCAGCUAUCUAAGCUAACAAUUACACUUUCUGUACAGGAUGCGUCGCAGCUGCGAACCUGCCGUCCGUCAUUCCGAAAACGGUCCGUCGAAGUCGUCAGCUUCGACGACACUCAGCACUCGUUGAGUUGACAACGCGAGAUCGCCCUGAACGCUUUGCAACGUGGAACGCGUAUUCUUCAGUUGCGGUGAACAUGCGUGAAUGUGUGUGUGUGAGUGUGUGUGUGUGUGUGAGUGUGAAUGUGAAUGAGCGUGUCAUAAUCUCGACGAAAACCUCGUGAAAUAUGCAACGCACGAUCCUGAAAACUUGCGGCCAAAGCUGUCGGCGAGGGCGACACCGAUAACAAUGAAAAGCACUCGCAUUUACUCGCUCGCGCACUCACUCGCGCAUUCUCCCCGCCAAUUGUCUGCCGGUAACACCUAUAUGUGUAGAUAUAUCGUAUUUAUUGCUGCACCGGUACGAGAAUCGUGCCUCGCCAACGCUCCGCCAAUCGGCGUGGCGCCGCGAAGGGGCGAGCCGCGCCUUAAUCAAGCCACCACGUGGUCUACAAUAAUAAUAAAAAAUAGCGACCGAACGAAGGGAAAGC